UUUCUUCUUCAUCAUGGCCAUACUGCUGCCAAACUUGGGCUUCACUGAAGUGCGAUUCUGACUGCUGGUUGGUGCACAUAACCUAAAAAAAUAAACAGAGGGUUCUGUCUGCAUCAAAGUGAAGUCCUACCUCCUACUGUACAACGAUGGUCCUUUACGGAAUGAUCUUAUGCUUUUAAGGAUCUCACUGAUUGUCUUCUUCAUCAUGACCAUCAUCUCUCUGCUCCUGCUGGCCGCUCUUCUGCCAAACCUGACCUUCUCUGCUCAUGUGAAUGUGGGUAUAGUGAAUGGCAAGGAAGCAAAACCCCACUCCAGACCUUACAUGGUUUCUCUUCAGCAUAAUGGGCAGCAUUUCUGUGGUGGAUUCCUUAUUUCUGAUGAGUUUGUCUUGACUGCUGGACAUUGCUUUAUUGAUAGGGCUGUGACAGUUGUUGUAGGUGCACAUGACCUAAGAAGAACUAAUGCCAAAGUCGGAGUGAAGUCCUACUACAGGCACCCAUUCUAUAGUGAUAAACCAUACAUUCGGAAUGACAUUAUGCUUUUGAGGCUAGAGAAAAAAGUUAAAAAAAGCAAGAAAGUCAACUGGAUAUCGAUAUCGAAGAAGACAGACGACAAGUGGAUAUCGAUCUUGGAGAACACAACGGACACUGAAGCAGGUAUUGCAUGCAGUGUUGCAGGCUGGGGACUACUGAAAACUAAAGGCAAAGUUAGCACACGUCUCAUGGAGGCACGCGUGAAGGUCCUAAGUGAUCGAACGUGUGAAUCAAAAUGGCGGCAGCAUUAUGUAGCCUCAAUGAUGAUAUGUCAAAUCGGCCAUGGAGGAACCUGUCAGGGGGAUUCCGGAGGUCCUUUGGUUUGCGGGAAAACUGCAGUUGGUAUUACAUCCUUCGGGAGUGCAGAGCGCUGCAAUAAUCCUAAACUUCCUAAUGUUUCUACUAAGAUUUCUUCAUAUAUUCCAUGGAUACGCUUAAUAGUUGGAAAAACUGAGUGACUCUUUGAAAAAAAGGAGGAUUGAUUGCAUUUGAAAAAAAAAAAAAAAGUAACAAACUAAAAAGAAAUCUCUUUAAUUUUUUUUUUUCCAGAUCUUCUUUCAAUAAAAGUAUAACCUGUCAAGCAUCAAUAA